UAAGUACAAACACACGAAAACUGUUAACUGUUAAGCCACCUGCACCAGAAUCAGAAACAUAUGAAGAGGAAGAAUUGUGGUACUUCCCUUCUAAUAUCACUCUUCACAAUUUUCUGCAUAGCCACCCAUGUAAUCGGUCAGGAUGGUACGGGUUCGACGAAUGAAACAGAUACGUCGCGAACCCUAAAGUUUUUAGUACCUAAAAGAGAGUUGGAUGAUUUUGUAAAAGUUAGAGAUUUGAAAAAUGGUAGCUAUGAAUACAGUGGUUUCUCCAUUUUAGUCUUCGAGCAAGCCGCGAAAAUCGCCAUCCCUUCGCAUAAAUACGAAUUCGAGCCCUAUAUUAAUGUUGCAGGGACGAUGAAAGGCACUUUUGAUGAAAUGCUCAAGGAAGUCGAUAUUCAGGACUACGAUGGCGCAGUUGGGGAGAUAACAAUAGUAAGUAAUAGGAUUGACAUGGGCUUGGUCGAUUUUACAACGCCUUACUUGGACACAGAGAUAGGCAUCCUAGUGCGUGUGCAGCUCACAGAAAACAGAGAAAGACUUACGGGACUCACACCAAUCACAAAAAUAAUUCUGGUUUUAGUCAUUAUACUUGGCUCUGCCAUCUUCGUUGCAGUAGUAUUCUGGAUUUGGAAACUAUGUAAAUUCAAAUAUGCAUCGCCAUCGACACAAGCCUCAGGAUCAAUUUUGGGAUCAAUAAUGUAUACGAAACUAGUGAUUAUACUAGCUCUAAUGGUACUAUUCCUCACAAUAGCUUCUUAUACGCCACGCCAAACUUCAAAUUCACUACUUUCAACACCACGUUCGGUUAGCAACAUAAAGACGUUUGAUGAUCUUAUAAGGAAGAAAUCAAGGGUAGGCUAUCGACAAGGAGCCUUUGUGAGAGAGUUGUUGGUUGGUAAAGGUCUGGAGGAAUCACAAUUGGUAGAACUGAAAUCUGAAGUAGAAUUGCUUCACAAGCUGCAGAAAGGAGGUGAAGAGGAUGGUAUCGAUGCUCUUGUUGCUGGGAUACAUCAUCUCAAACUUUUCCAAGAAAAGAAUUGUGUUAAUUUUACACUCGUCGAGGAUUUCCGUCUCAAAUCUGCAGGACUUGGCUUUGCUUUUAGAAUAGGUCAUCCUCUUUCUUUAGCAAAUAAAUUCUCAAGAGCAAUUGUAGCAUUGAUUGACAAUGGAGGUAUCGCAGAUAUUCAAGCAAGGACAAUUGGGGAUUUGGAUAAGAUAUGUCAAGAUAACAGUAACAGCAGUGUUGGUUCCCGUUCCACGGUUCAAGAUAUUAUCUCUCUUUGGCUCCCAGUCGCGAGUGCCAUAUUCGUUGUUGUACUCGUGCUUGUUAUGCUUUUAUCUUAUUGUGGAGUAAUGAGCAUGAUGAAAUAAGUCACCACCUUCCGGCUUCCAUGACGUAUGUCUCGUGCUUGUUCUAUAGUCAUGUUUUCAUUCAUUCUUAUGAUGACUGCUUUACCCCAGACACAAAGUUAAUGUAUAUACAUAUGUAAAUGCAACUGUUUCUGCUUUGGUUGA